GCUCAGUUUAGGGUAUUGACCUGUGGAGCCAUGACUGUGUGAGUGGCAGAGUGGAUUGCGGUUGCUGUUCACUUCACCCCUCUUCGAAAAAGUUUAGGAAUUGGAGAAACCGAAAAAAGCAACCGAGAAAGAUCGAAGCCUCUUCCCACUUUAGCUCUCUUUCUCCACACCGGCAAGCAAUUCGUCGGUGUUCCCAAUUCAUCUCUUCUCGUGCUCUGCCAACCCGUUUCUUCUUCGUCUCCAACAAUGGAUCCCCAUCUCCUUCUCUUCCUUCUUCUCUCAACAUCUUCCCUCUCAGGAAUUGAGUCGGCGGCUACUUUCAAGCUCACAAACCUCUGCCGCCAAACAAUCUGGCCGGGGCUGCUCUCCGGCGCCAACACCGCCCAGCUCCCCACCACCGGCUUCGCCCUCCGCCCGGGGAAAUCCCGAGCAAUUUCCAUCCCCUCCGGCUGGUCCGGCCGCAUAUGGGGCCGGACCCUCUGCGGGACCGCCGACGGCAAAUUCUCCUGCCUCACGGCCGAUUGCGGCUCCGGGAAGGUCGAGUGCGGCGGGAGCGGGGCCAAGCCGCCGGCGACCCUCGUCGAGUUCACCCUCAACGGCGCCGACGGGCUGGACUUCUACGACGUCAGCUUGGUCGACGGCUACAACCUCCCGAUGCUGGUUUUCCCGCAGAAGGUAACCCGCGGGGGCUGCGGCGCCACCGGGUGCUUGAUUGACCUCAACGGCGCGUGCCCCAAGGAGCUGAAGGUGGUGGCGCGUGAUAAGGGCAGGGUUGGCGGUGUCGCGUGUAGGAGCGCGUGUGAGGCGUUUGGGGAUCCCAGGUUUUGCUGCGCUGAUGCCUACGCCACGCCGGAGACUUGCUCGCCGUCGGUGUAUUCCCUGUUUUUCAAGCACGCUUGCCCUCGGUCGUAUAGCUACGCGUAUGACGACAAGACCAGUACGUAUACGUGUGCCAAUACGGACUACACCAUCGUAUUCUGCCCGCGGCCGUACACCAGCCAGGAAGUUCUGGGAAGAAGGAAAGAUGGGGCAUCCCUGCCACUGGUUAACAAGACGUCCAUGUACUGGCCAAGCAGACAUCCCAAUGGUGCUUUCUCUUCAGUGAGAUAGCAGUGUAGACGAGGUGCAGCAGCUGACGAGAGUAUAGAAGUACGACAACCACGUUCCAACGAUCUGCUGCGAUCCUGGCUGAUACUCCCUGAGCAUGACGUAGGUUAUGUAAACAGACAUGAAGUGAGGAGGCGAUCGAAGAGCAGCACGCCAACCCAAAUUCCACGACGAAAUUCUGUGCAAUUCCAUACGCCUUAACUAACUACGAUACACCAACUUUCAGCACUCAUUAACAGUGAAGGAAGGAGACAGGGGAUACAACUGGGUUUCAUACUUUCAGUUCAAUCCCUACUGUUCAGUUUAUUCUGAAUGCCAAUGUAUUCUCUAAUUGCUUCAUCAUUGGACUUGGCAUAACUGUUGUGAGUUUUCUUGUUGAAGUCAUGUUUGGAAAACCAUACAAUCACUGAAUCACCGAAGCAUUGGAAGCAAAAAUCCACUCUAAUGGGCUGGACUGGACAUCUUUCUUCCCCGAAGAUAACCGGCGGUUCGAUCUGGUUUGUCAGUUCAGCUCCUUGAAAACGCAGCGUUUAGUUAAGUAAGCUAGGAAAAAGAAAUCUUGGUUCUGGAUCUUCUUCUUCCCAAUCACGUUCCAUCCCCCGCAACCUACCAUACUUCCUCACCUCUCUCGUCGCCAGUUCCCCAGCCACCACAGCCGCGCUCACGACGACCAGACUUUCACGGCAAGGCUCACGGAGGAGCUGCUGGCCGAUUUUCCCUCCGGUUAGAUUCAGUGAAUCUGCACAAAGACUUGCACUGCCUGAAAUCUGCAAUGCUAGCAAAGGGCACAUUUUCCUCGCCCAGUUCAACACUGCUUCCCCUUAGUAUACCACGCGGUUCAUCACGUUCGGAUUCUUUAACAUGUUGGCUACAGAGGAAGCAGCAGAGAAAGAUCAUUUGCGCUUGUGUGGCGCCUCCUCUAAAUAUAGGCAGCGACGGAAUUCCAGAAACUGCAAACAAACAUAUAAACAAAUCAGAGAAAUCGGAGACAUUGCACCCAAUAUCGGAGCCAGAAGAUGAUUCUGACGUCCUUAUUGAAUGUAAAGAUGUGUACAAGUCAUUUGGUGAGAAGCAUAUAUUACGAGGUGUGAGCUUCAAGAUCAGACAUGGUGAGGCAGUUGGAAUAAUUGGACCUUCGGGCACUGGCAAAUCUACAAUUUUGAAAAUAAUGGCUGGACUUCUUGCUCCAGACAAGGGUGAGGUUUACAUUCGAGGUAGGAAACGAGAUGGGUUAAUUAGCGACAACGAGAUCACUGGCUUGCGAAUUGGAUUGGUGUUCCAAAGUGCAGCGCUGUUUGAUUCUUUAACAGUUCGUGAAAAUGUCGGUUUCCUGCUGUACGAAAAUUCUACAAUGCCAGAGGAGCAAAUCUCGGAGCUUGUGACAGAAACCUUGGCUGCCGUUGGUUUAAAGGGAGUUGAGGAGCGGCUGCCUUCUGAGCUAUCUGGCGGAAUGAAAAAAAGAGUUGCUUUAGCUCGAUCUAUAGUUUUUGACGCCACCAAGGCCACCAUUGAGCCAGAGGUGGUUUUGUAUGAUGAACCAACAGCUGGACUUGAUCCGAUUGCGUCAACUGUGGUAGAAGAUCUCAUUCGCUCUGUCCAUAUGACGGGGGAGGACACAGUCGGCAAACCUGGCAAGAUUGCUUCCUAUGUUGUGGUUACUCAUCAACACAGUACCAUUAGAAGGGCUGUCGACAGGUUACUGUUUCUUCAUAACGGGAAGGUCGUGUGGCAAGGAAUGACUCAUGAAUUCACUACAUCAACCAAUCCUAUUGUUCAGCAGUUUGCAUCAGGCAGCCUUGAUGGUCCGAUUAAGUAUUAGAGGACACCAUCUUUGUUUGAGCUGAUGGCUCCUAUAGUUAUGUGGGAAGGAAGAAUGGUGGUAGUUUGCAGGUUUGAUGCUAUUAUUGUUGCUAAUUCUUGUUUACUAAAUUGAACGAAAAACGAGCCCAUUUCAUGUUUAGGCCUUGUGCCUUUCUGGAAGGGGACUGCAUUUCGAAAUGCCAGGUCGUUUGGUUCCUCUUUGUAAACUUUGUUGUAUAAGGUUGAUUGCCCGCCUUUCUCGAUCAAUCAAUAAAGCUUCUACGCGAUGGAAUCUUUUUUUUUCUUUCUGUACCACAUUUCGAAACAUGGCUUCGAAUGAGAGUAGAGUGUGAUUGUUAAACACCUGACAAGUGAACUGC